AACUUUAUCUCUUUUUUAUAUUUAAAUGACUCACGAAGUAAACUGAUUAAGAUAACUUUACAGCAAUUUUGUAUUUAAUAUUAUUAUUAGUAUUACGAAAUGGCAAUAAAUUUUUCUUCCUUUUAAUUAAGUUAGUGGGCGAAGUUCACCGCCAUAGGUGUCUGACCAAAUUAAAUAAUUUCUUGAUUAUUAAUAUUUUUUAUUAAGAAUUUUUCUUGUAAGAGCUUACUUUGAUACCAACAAUAAUGUCUACAGAUGGAAAUGAAGGAGCUGCGCCUGCAAGGCAUCCUAAUCCUCAACAAGCUGCCGCAUCUAAAAGAUUGCAACAGACACAAGCACAAGUUGAUGAAGUUGUGGACAUCAUGAGGACAAACGUGGAAAAAGUCUUAGAGCGAGAUCAAAAAUUGUCAGAAUUGGAUGAUCGUGCAGAUGCAUUACAACAAGGAGCAUCACAGUUUGAACAACAGGCCGGUAAACUUAAGCGAAAAUUUUGGUGGAAAAAUUGCAAAAUGUGGGCAAUUAUAAUUGUUGUCAUUAUUGUUAUUAUUGUUGUUAUUGUUGUUUCAACUACCACUUAAAUUUUGCCACCUCAGAUGCCAGAUUAUUUUUUAGAUCCUUUUCUUGCAUGCUAAAAAUAAUGUGAAGCAAUCAUAAGAAAAGUUGUGACUUGAAAAUACAAUAUUUAUUUUAAAAAAUUUGCUUUUUUUUUAUGUUCAUACAAAUAAAAAUAUCUGAAACCAGGAAAUAUUGCAUGUUUUUUUCCCUUAAUAUUUUUUAUUGUCCAAUUUAAUAUAUGGCUGUUAUUUCGAAUGUUUUGUUUCAUUUUAAUUUAUUUUAGUUAAUUACAUUAUUUUGCAUGUAGUUGUUUCUUGAUUUUGUUCAGAUCUCUUCACUUUUAAACAGUUUUUAAGUAGUAAUACAUUCAAAUAUUUUUUUAGCUUUUAUAUAUUGAAUGAGAUUUUUCCCUCAAUUUUAAUGAUUUGUGCUUUUUAUUAUAUUUAUUUCAGUCUUUUUUUUUGAUAAUAUGCUCGAUUGUUGUAGGUUGAAUAGUGUGUUAUAAGUUUUGUUUGAUAAAUUACUUUCAAAUGUAUAUAAAAGUAUUGAAUGUCUCUAAUAUAUUCUAUAAAUAUAUUUUAUAAGUUCUCAGAAGAUAUUAGUUUUUGAUGCAUGGUGGAUUUCUAGUUAUCUCACCGUGGGUGUUUUUUGAUAUUCUAAAAAUUUGCUAGCUGGUGUUUUAAAUCUGAAAUUCAAAAAUUUAGUGAUUAAUAUAUUUUUUUUUAUCAAAAAAAUCUCAAAAGUAUGAAUUUUAUGAAUUUUAAUUAAUAAUAUUGUAUCAGUUUUAUUUAAACUAUAAUUGUAAAAUUAUUCUGUUCCAAUAGAACAAAAGAGUUUUGAUAUUGUGAUAUUAAAUAAAGUAGAAAAACAUGCAAUAGCAACAGCGCCGUUAUCAGUAAGGAGACUUGGACACCAUUUGUUACAUUCUUUGCUUUUUACUGCAGAUGGUAGUUGCUGAAGCAAAUGUCUUUCUCAGGGAGGGAUAUUAGUUCUCUUAAAUGUUUUUCUAUUUUAUUUAAUGUUUUUUUUUUCGUAUACGAACACCAGUGAUUUAUUUAUUAUUGUGAGAUUAAAAAGGUGAGUAUUUAGCUUACAUUCCUUGAAAAAGAUGUAUUUUUUUGUGAUUGUAUUCUGUGGUUUGAAAUUGUCUCUCUGUAUAACAUGAAUUUAAAAUGUUUUACCAUCCUUUCUUCUUGAACUAUUUAAUUCUUUUUUUCGUUAUUUGAAUAAAUUGUUUGUUCUGUGAAAUUAUGUAUAAAAGCUAUGUUGAUGUGCGUGCGAAAAAGUUAUCUUAAAAUGCUUAACUGCAAAUUAUAUCGGACGUUGCUUUGGUCACAUUGUUUCUUUAUAGACAUAAGCUAGAACUUUUGAAUUUGUGUUUACAACUCUUUCCUUGUUGUUUUAUGUUAUUGAAUUUAUCGUUCUACAUUAUUGAGGGGAGGGAGCGUAUGGUUGUUAUGCAUAUUGUAUGGUUGCAAGUUAUGCAUAUUGUAAUUCAUGAUAAUUUUUUUAGAUAAGUAUAAUUCAAUUUAAAAACUUGCAAUUUGUUUAAAAAUAAAUAAUUAUUUUGACAGACUUUUAAAAAUUUAGUUUUACAACACUUAAGAUCUAAAAUUAUUAAAUGUACAGAUGCUUUUAUAACAGUAUUAAAGUGAUGAAAUUUGUAAGAUUUUAUGAAAAGCUAAGCAAAAAAGUUAAAUGUUUAACAUACAUGUUCAUUUCUUUAGUAUUUCUUUCAAAUUAAUAUGGCAUUUAGUAAAUUUAUUACAAUAAACGGUUUAUUUACUUGGAGCUUGCUACAAAUUCUUGAGAUUUUAAAUGUGUGAAAGUUAUAUAGAGUUGUAUAGAAUGAAAGAAAAUAGCAAUUUUUGUUGCAUUGAAUAGGGGAAAAAAUAUUGUAUUACAUAUUUUUAAUGCAAAUGUAUGUAAUCUUGUCCACAUAGUUGAAGGAAACUAAAUUGUGAAUUGAUUGAAAAGAAUGAAGUUGUAAAUAAUGAGUUAGAGCUGCUAAUUUUAAGCAAUGAAAAAAUAAAUAGGUGUGGGAAUAUGUUGUAAAAUAUCAGUAUUAUUUCCAUAACUUGUGUAUUAUUUGAUGAAUGUUAAUAAAAAGAAUAUAUCUGCA